CUAGUACGUUACCAUGACGACCGAAGCAGAUAUGUCAAUAGUUAAAGCAAAAUGGUGCUGAUUACUGAAGAACUGGUCCGUAAAAAAGCGGAACACAACGAAGGCCUGAUCGGCACGUUAGAAGAACUCUCCCUGCAUCAGGAGGACGUGGAGAAAAUUGAACACCUGGAUAAGUGGUGCAGAGACUUGCAAAUUCUCUAUCUGCAGGCGAACCAAAUAUCAAAAAUCGAAAAUUUAAACAAGUUAAAGAAGUUGGAGUACUUAAAUUUGGCGAUUAACAACAUCGAACGUAUAGAAAACUUGGAACGGUGUGAAUCGCUGCAAAAGCUGGACUUGACUUUGAAUUUUAUUGGCGAGUUGGAGAGCGUGAAAACUUUGCAGGCCAACACACAACUAAGGGAGUUAUAUUUGACGGGAAAUCCUUGUUGUGACUUUCAAGGUUACAGAGAGUAUGUGGUGGCACACCUGCCACAAUUAAAAGCACUCGACAUUAAGGAGAUAACGAGAGGCGAACGGAUUAAAGCCCAACAAAACCUAAAACAAGUCGAAGAAACUAUAUGGAAAUGCCAAGCAAAAUAUAUGGCAUCUCGAUCAGAGCAGAAGCUGAGGUUAACGUCGCAAAAUAACUCCCACCUUACCGAUGAUGAAUUCUGGAAGACGGUGAGCGAAAACAGUCCGGAAACACGUAGAGAAAUAUGUGCCAGGCAAAGGAAAGGCAAAUCGGCUUUGAAUACCGCGAAAGCGCCUACCAAUAAAGUUAGACUGUUCAAUAAGGACGGGCGACCAUUGAACGUUAACCAAGCAAGGCUAGAAUUCAAAUUCUCCGAUGAAGAUCCUGAGAAGUUCGUCCUGGACGUUGCGGUCUACAAAUAUCUGGAUACUAACCUGAUCGACGUUGAUCUACAGCCGAUUUACGUGAAGCUGACUAUAAAAGGAAAAGUAUUUCAAAUCGUUUUUCCUGAGGAGAUCCACGUGGAGAAGAGCGCCGCGCUACGGUCACAAACUACAGGCCACUUACUACUGACUCUACCAAAAAUUAAUUACAAAGCGCCAAUCAAAUCGGAAAACAACAGUAGAACGAUAAAACCUAAAGGAAAUAAGCCGAACAGGGAAUUUUUAGAAGUAAGGAAACCAAAAGAGGACAUGGAUUUUAGCAAGAUAGUAGAAAACUAUGGAAAAGGCAGGCAAUCCUUUGAAGACAACCCCGAAGUACCGAUGCUUGAGUACGCUUAAUAUUUUUGUAAAUAA